AUGGCCAAUUCAGCGGUCAUGGACAUUGAAGACGACGACCCUGUCGUGGCCGAGUACGAUGUCUACAUCACCCCCGAGGUGGCCGAGCAGCAGCUCUACGUGCUGCAGUACCUGAACCGCCCGCCAGACCAGCCCUUCACCAAGGCCACCGAGAGCCAGCCCUCGGAGCUGCGCAUCAAGAAAGACUCUGGCUUCGUCGAAGUCGACGUCCCCAUCAACAUCCACCGCAACUACAACCGUGUCGCCGGUGUGCGGUGGGGAGAGGCCAUGCGCAAGACCAAGGGUUUCGGCCAGAAGGCUUUCGGUAUCGCCUCUGGCUUCGAGCGUACUAUGCCUCGCAGUACCAACCGCCCUGGCGCCGCCGGCGAGGGAGCUCCAGCAGCACCCAUUGCGACCGACGACGACGACAACUUUGAAGAGUACGUCACUCACUUCGACGACGCCAACGAGAAGGGACAUGUCUUCAACUCGCAGACGUUCGGUGGCCAGAUCAUGCACGACGACGGCAAAGGCCCCAGCUAUAUGCUCGGCACCUUCCGCGAUAACGAACUCCACCUCACCCGUUGCAACGGUCUCGUCCAGCUUCGAACACAGUUCCACCACAUAGAUGCCUCCGCUCAGCUAGAAGCCGUCCAGCGCCGCCGCGAGAAGGAGUCACAGGAAGGCGCCAAGGUCGCUGAACCAAAGGCUUUCCUUGCCCAAGUCAAGAAGACGGGCGGUGACACGGCAGCAGAGCUGACGCAGGCCUUUAUGAAGUCAACAAACCAGGAGCAGUGGCAGAAGCUCGACUACUUUGACGAGAAUGACGAGCGCGCUUUCGACGCCUACCAUGACCGACUGUUUCUUGCAGAUGUUGCGUCAGCACCCAAGCUGCAGUCCAAGAUCGACAACAACGAGUUUCUUGAUGCCAUCAGUUCUAGCGGCAAAGGCGGCAAGAAGAAGCCCAGGCGCGGCGCCGAGGACCUCAUCGAGAUAUCCGACGACUCCGACGACGAGGAAGAGGCUACCGAGCCAUUAUUUGAUGUAGACCUGGGCUACGAGGUGGUACCACAGAAAACUCGCGGCACCCGACUUUUGCACACUGAGUCGGGCUGGCAAAGAGUUCACGCUAUCGACUGGUACUAUUUCAAGAUCUGGGGAGGCAGGAGACGUUAUCCCGCAGCUUUUGGUCACGAUGCUGCAAGAUUCUGA